AUGCCUACCACCAAUAUCCUUCAUGUGCGGCUCGCACAGUACAGUUUCUGUAACGCAUCCUUCUUACCCAAGGUUACGUUCAUUCGGCAAUAUCCAACCAAGAAGACAAGCAAAGUAGAACACUAUGCGCGACGUGCCUCGGAGCUAAUCACCGGCACGGCGGCGUCCGUGCCUCGACCUACGAAUACUGCGUGGCUGCGAUUGGACACUACGACUACUGUACUACUGCUUUACGACUACGACACGGGCGCGGCGUGCCUCGGAGCUGAUCACCGGCACGGCGGCGCUUAAUGCACGGAUUACUGCAAUGCUGCUAAGUUCGAAGGCUUGUGCGGAGCGAGUUGAAGAGGAUUGCCGCUGUACCGCUCUAGCAGAUGGCAUUUUUGGACUUUUAAGUGGUGCGGUGGUUUGAACAUGUGUAUUUUAGCGCUGACGGACUUCGGUAGUGCGG